GUGGUUUUCUUCUUCCUUUUUCUUUUUUCUUUCUUUUUGCUAAGGAGCGAUUAUCCGAUUCGUCAAGGACAUCUCGUCGUUAGCACGUUGUGCGAACAGAAGAUGGAUAGUGUCUGGCGGGACAUAUCUCCUACCUCCCGCUUAACUGUCAAGCCAAGAGCGGUCUUGCCGCUGUGAAUGUGUCGGCUAAGCUGUGGCAGACUUUUGAAACUUGAUGAUAGUAACUGACUCGAGUACGGCAGAUGAGAUUUCCCCCCCUCCUUUUUUCUUUUUUUCUCUUUUUCUUAUUUUUUUUUCAUCUUUUUCUCUUCCUUUUUCACAAUCUUUUUUUCUUCUACCAAUCCUUUUUUUCUUCCCAACCUCUUUUCUCCUUUUCUCUCUCCUUUCUCUCUUCGUCUCUUCUUCUUUCUUCCUUUCCUUUCCUUUUUUUAUCUUCCCUUCCUCCUUCUUUUUUCCCUUUUCUCCUUUCCAACCUUUUUUUUUUCUUCCUACCCACUUUCCUUUCUUUCUUUCAAAACUCCAUCAAUAGGGACUCAAGUUCCUUACUUCAAUUCUCCACGAACUCCAUCAUGUCUUGCUUGGCAGAGUCUUCAGACAGCCGUUUUUGCCGUGACGGGGAGCGGAUUGGGCACAUGAGGAUCCAACCUCCCAAAUGAACAGAUUGAAGCUUGAAAGUUGUUCAAAUGCGUCAACUCGAAGUCCUAGUCAACUGUUCCCUUAGCAUGCCCGUUUUCUAGUGGAAGCUCGAU